UCGUGAUUCAUGUCCAUAUAUUUCCAAAGAAUUCCCUAGGCCUCACUCUUAUGAGAGUUUAUCACACUACAGAACUUAUCUUUGAAGGGAACAUGGCCUAAAUGAGCCCUACCCCAUUUUUUCUGUCGUCACUCUCAAGUUCAACUACCAUCCAAUUGAAGCAGGAAUAUAAAAAGAUUAAAUCCUCAAAGCAACUUCAUCACACUCCUGUGUUCUACACCUUAUUACUUUGUAUAGAUGUAUCUAUCAAAACACAUAACCAUGUUUCAAUAAGCCAUGGACUGGUUUUCAUGGCUAUCGAAAACCGGCCUUGAGCCUUCCCUUGUUUCCGAGUAUGCCCUUGCUUUUGGUCACAAUGAGCUUGAAGAAGAUGAUAUAGCAUACUUUAACAAUGAAUUUCUCCAAAGCAUGGGCAUCUCCAUAGCUAAACACAGGCUCGAGAUUCUCAAGCUUGCUAGGAAAGAGAAGGGAGGAAGCUCACACCUCAUGUCGAGGCUUAUUGUAGCAAUCAAGCAGACAAAGAGGCGUGCUGUUAAGUAUAUACAAAAAUGGGUACAUUACGAGGAUUUGGCUCUUGUCCACGUCCAGAAGCGUAGUUAUGGUUUGAGAUGGACGAAAGCCAGGAUAAAGAGAAACAACAAGUUGAUGACCGCUAAGGAAGAGAGAUUGAUGCUUACAAAUCAGAGUCCUAUGGUUGCACCAAGUCCUUGGCUAAACAGCUUUUCAAGUCCAAUGGUGGAUCAUCUUCCUAACAACAAAAACUCGGAUGGCAUUGACGGUGUGUAUCGGUCGACUGGCCCAGAAGAAAUCAGGUGGGAUACAAUGUUUCAGGAUUUGAAACCCACAUGAUCCUGCCAAUCCUACAGAAGUAGUUCAGUUGUAAUGGUGAGAUAAGAUUCGGUGUGUAUGGGAAGGCUUGCAUUAUCCUUAUCUUUAGUGGUGGGUCCUAUUUAAAGUCCAGAAGCCAAGAGAUUUUCUCCCUCUUUUAUAUGUCUACAUCCUUCAUCACAGACGAGUUGUCUCCAAGUGGUGUCUAAGUGAAGAAAAUCUGUGUCAGAUUAUCAAAAUCUCCAUUUUUUUAUUAAUGGAAUAAAUUAUAAGGUUCAAUUUGUUUCUACAAUCUUGUAAAAG